CAGCGCCACCUUGAGGUCGACGCCGCUCUGUGCAUAUAGUCCUUAACUGAUCGGUGAUCCAUUAACUGUCCUGGCAGUUAUCGAUCACGAGUCGACGAUCCGAAGUUCAAUACAGUAUCGACACAAAUGAACGUGAUGAAAACAGCCGCAUCAUGUCCUCCAACACGUUCGCCCGUACACUUUUGUUCCGUUUGUUAAACGACCGUGUCGUCGCUUCGAACCAGCUCCAGCGGGCUCGACAUGCGGCGGCCGCGCCGCCGGGACGGAGCUCCGCACGGGGCUACUACCAGAGCGCGAAGCCCUGGCGCGGCGGGCCGGGCGCAGCGGCCCACGUCCGGCUGGUGGACCUCCGCAGCGACACGGUGACUAAGCCCGGGCCGGCGAUGCGCCGCGCCAUGGCGGAGGCCGAGGUCGGGGAUGACGUGAUGGGAGAAGACCCGACAGUGAAUGAGCUACAGGAAAUCGCAGCCGAUAUGUUUGGGAUGGAGGCGGCGCUGUUUGUCCCCACUGGAACCAUGAGUAACCUCAUCGCAGUGAUGGUGCACUGCCGGGAGCGGGGCGACGAGAUGAUUGUGGGGGAUCUGUCCCACUUGCACAUCUAUGAGCAAGGAGGAAGUGCACAGCUGGCCGGUGUCCAUGCCACCACGGUGACCAAUCUCCCCGAUGGAACGUUUGACUUGGAGCAGCUGGAAUCGAAGAUCCGCCACGGUUACCCCGAUCCUCACUUUCCCCGCUCACGCCUCAUAUGUGUGGAGAACACACACAACAUACAGGGAGGACGCGUGCUGCCUCUGACCUUCUUGCAGGAGGUUCGUGCUCUAGCAGAUAGAUACGGUCUGUCGGUCCACAUGGACGGAGCCCGGGUGAUGAACGCCGCGGUGGCCCAGGGGGUGUCUCCGCACACCAUACUGCAGCACACACACACCGUCAGUGUGUGCCUCUCUAAGGGUCUGGGUGCCCCUGUGGGCACCGUGCUGGCCGGACCCCAAGACUUCAUCGCCAGAGCGGUGCGGUGUCGUAAAGCUCUGGGUGGAGGGAUGCGGCAGGCUGGUAUUCUAGCAGCAGCUGGAAAACUUUCUUUGCUGGAUAUGGUAGAGAGAAUGCAGGAAGAUCACCACAAUGCAAGAAGCUUUGCUCAAGCUCUGCUCGACUUUGACCCUCUGUUCGCUGUCGACAUGGCGGCGGUGGAGACAAACAUCCUGCGUUUCCGCCUGAAGGAGCUGACUUUGAGUCCCUCUGAGUUCUGUGCCCGCAUGGGUCAGGUGGGCGAGGGAGAGGAGGCGGCACUGGGACAAGCGAUACAAGUUCUCAUGUACCCUCACUUUGGAAACUCGGUGAGGGCCGUGUGGCAUCUUGGGAUAUCUCCCGAAGACACGCGGCUGGCCAUGCAGAAGAUGCAAUUUGUUGCUUCUCAGUACUUGAAGGAAAAAAACAGGGCCCGGUGAAAGUUGAUGGUUGCCGCGGUGUUCGAUCUAAUCACGAGGGAUGGGUCGUAGACAUUUUACACAGACUAAUGUAGAAAAAAGACUGGAAGACAUCAAAAACGAGGAAAAACACAAUUAUGGAUUAUGGACUUUUUUAUGUCCCUUUUCAUUUCAGUGUAAUUGCUGUGCAUUAAAUUCAACGAACUCAUGUCUCUUA